UUCUUAAAAUUAUUUGUAUAUUUAUAGAUUUAUUUUAAGAUGUAUGAAAUAAAAAUAGAUGGAAGGUUGGGAAAUAUCACUUCAUUAAUUUGACAAUUAAAGCUGAACAAAUAGUCUACUGACUUUAAUAACAAUUAUAACAAACUAAUAUAAAAGUCUUUGAAAUACUAAUAAUAAUAAACAUAUGUUGGUGUAAAUAUAAUUUAUCGAGGAAAAUUCUACAUUAACAGCUAAUUAAAAUUGGUAACGACACCAAUUUGAUGAAUAAUUAAUUUAAACAACUAAAAAAAAUAAAAUUUGAAAGUUAGAAGGAUAAUACAAAUUUUGACAAAUUUUUCAUCAUAAGAAUAAUUAAUAGAUCUAUAAAAUAGUCAGACAUUAAAAUUAUUUGAGAAUAACGACGUUGUUAUUCCCGGGACAAAGAGGCAAUUAAGAUAUUUCAGCGAGAAUAAAUAUUGAAGGAUCUGUUAGAAACAUUAAAGGCGAUUAAUAAUUAGGUGUAAAGAACCCCGAAAAGCGCGUGGAAAAGAUUUUAUAGAUCAUUGUUGGGGUUAAUAUUGGAAUCCUAUCACCAAUCGGCCGAUGCAUGCAUAAAUCAACUCAUUAAUAAUAUAUAAUAAUAAAGAAGAUGCACAAAUAAUACCAAAUAGUCUAAAUGUUAUGUAUAAAAAUCUUCUAGGAAGAUUUUAGAAAAUUUACUGUGUUUUUUCUGAGAUAAACCAUAUGGGUCAAUGACGACCAGUUUCUAAGGAGAACAUCGACAUUUUAGUUUUACUCUUUAUAGCGAAUAAAUUGUUCAAAGUUAGAUGAAUUGUCCAAGAGUCUUAUUAACUUGAAAGACGUGUUCCCUUUGAUGAUUGAAUACUUUUGUCUUUUAUCGUUAAGGAUAAAACAUUUUGAAAAUUUUCGAUCACAACCAUUUUUAAAAUAUAUAUAUUAUUGAUAAGAACAUUUUUCACAUUUUAUUCGGAUUUAUUGCAGUUUCAAAACCAGAUACCUAAAAAAAUCACAUCAAUUUUAGGCUAUCUAGGAUAUUAUUUCACAGAUUUUAUAUUAUACUCACCUUCUCGUAAAUCUAAAUGAAAAAUAUAAUAAAUUUGAUAAGAUAAAUACAGUUGAAAAUCAUAAAUUCAGUACAAAGUAACAAAUUUGAAAAUUUUAAUGCUCUAGUUCUCAGCACAUUUCUCAAAUUUUAAAUUGAAUUAUUUCUUCUAGUUUUUUCAAUCAUUUUCAAUCAUUUAUUAAUCGAAUUCCGUACUUGUUGAUCUUAUUGAGUUAAACUUUCUUGAGUGAUUUAAUUGUUUAUUCCUUUUAGUAUGAAUUCAGUAGCAUCAGUGUUGUGCGAAAGUACCGAGAUCCCCUCUACCGAGGUUGAUACAUUUCUGGCCAAUGUAUCCGAAGACCAUUUCACAGGAAUAGAUGAGAAUCCUUCCUUCUAUGGACUCGGAAGCUAUUCAUCCUCUUCAGACCCUCUGUUUUUUGAAAACGGAGUACAGUUGAGCUUCGAUGGCUCCUGCUACACCGAUUACUCUAGCUCAGCAUAUUCUGGCUACUCCUCGACCGAAUGCAGUUAUUACCCAGAUUUCAAUAGUUCCUUGUAUAACAUUGGCUAUAAAUCAGAGCCAUUCCCAGGUGACUCAAAGUACUCAUCGGAAGGUAAAUUCGCAGUUGAUGGUAGAUACAGCAUGGAGACAAAGUACAGUAUGGAUGGAAAGUAUUUACUUGAUAGUUCAGACAUACUCUCACAUAGCCCAACGCCAAAUCUGCAAUACUUGACACCGAAAAUGAAAGCAGGUUUCGACUAUUCACUGGCUAGUUUGUCAAGCAAUAGUUCCUCUUCAAGUAAUCUCUCAUCCAGUAUGGCCACUACCAUGUCUAGCAUAUCAUCAAACAUGGCGAGCAUACCAUCAAACAUGAAUAAUAUGGCCUCUAUUAAUACCAUAGCAACGACCAUGGUUGAUGUUAUGACACCUGGAAGAAAUCAGUUCCCCACUAAGGUUUCAACACACGAUCUUGAAAUGUUCAAUACGAUGAUGGACGGGAACUCGCUGACCCCGUUGAAGUCAAAUUCCAACUACCCAAACAGUCUAAAAAUGACAAGCUCAAUAAGCACAGUUGCAAGUUCCUCGUCAUCCUUGACAUAUGAUAACUAUUCCAAGUAUUAUCCCUACGAUGAUAAGUCGUCAUCUCCAUAUCUAAGACAAAGUUAUGGAAAGAAUAUGGAUUUAUUAUCAUAUCCGGAACGCAGCUUGUCUGGAAGUGACGGUUUACAGGAUCUGUACCAAUCUGACCGGACGGUCGGAAAUUUCCCAUUCCAGAGCAGCAACGACAUUGAGUCCAUUGGAGACAACUAUUUUACACCGACGAGCAUUACGAGGAACGUCGUGACGACUUUCAAGGUUCCCACCUACGAUCCGAGCCUGGCCCCAGAGGAGAGAUACAAGGAGAUUUUGAAGAUAAUUUUCAAGAUCCCACCAUCUCCUGAGACCUUUUUGACGCCAAUAAGCUCCCACUUGCUGAACAGUGAGUCGAUUUCGGAGAUUGCAAAAAGGUAUGACGAUUCCCAGCGCACAGCAACCUCACCUGAAUCCCACGUGGUCUACGUGCGGAACGGAGCGGAGCUGAACCUAGUCCUGAGGAACGAUAACCUAUUGAUUCAGAACCCGAACCAGCAGAAGGAGCCGCGUAACGAGAAACUAAAGUUAACCAAGCAAGUUCUUAACACCAAGAACGUGGCCACCAGCUCAGACCUCAACGAGAGCAUGAUCAGGUCCAGGAAUGAUGAGCAAGGGAUGAGCUACCUUCCCUAUAUUAGCUGUAACUGGAAAGGCGUGCAUGAGACGAGCUGGUGGAUGAGCGACGAUAAGGGCGUAGUCAGGAACUUCAAGGUCAAGUUUGACCCGGUUGUCUUUGGCUCCAAGACUGUAGCCUUUGAGGAAGCGAGCAAGUUCGCCAAGUACGUCGAGGGUCUAAUCAGACCAGGGACUCUAAUCAAGUGGUACCCGGGAUUCAACAUCCCCAUUGGAACCAGCGGUCGAGCUAACCUGCGAAAGGUGCUCCACAUGGACCGUAUGAAAAAUUCUGAGCUCUGUGACCCAGUCUUGGAAGCCAACGGACUCAAGGUUGCAGCCAAGUCAACCUUUGGCGACAUGAUAAUUGUAGAAUUGUACAAAGCGGCUUAUGUACUAGGCCUUUGGGAUGUCGCCGCCUACAAUUGCCUCAAGACGUGUAAACGCAGGGGGUACUCGUUCGAGUGGAUCCAUGACAUUCAAUCCAGUGGAAAGAGAAUAACAGUCGACGCCCUCAAGUACAUGAGAAACGUCAAGGAGCUCAUUGAGCAGGAUAAGUUAUCCAGAGUCAACUCAGAAAAGAAACGACGCAGAAGAAAGUUGCCAGAUAAACGCAAAAGGGCGUAAUUGGUAUAUAUUCAAAUUAAAGGAUUUAACUAAAAAUUACAGAUUUAACUAAAUUAAAAUUCAAAAAGAAGAAAAGCAAAAUUGAAAGAUUUAACCUCGAGAUUCAAGAUUUAACUAAUUCAUUUCAGAUUUAACACAUUUAUUCAGAAUUCAACGAGUAAAUUCAGAAAAUGCGAGUAUAAAUAAAUGAUUUAACCCAAAUAUACAAGAAUUCGUUGUAUAUUGACCUAGCUUGAAAUUCAGUAAGCCACUCUGAGAGUGGAAGCACAAUUUUCUCACAGUCCCAUUUACAUAUUAU